GUGAAGUUUUUUUUUCAUAACGUUUUUUCCUGUACGUGCUGGCAUUCGGUGGGAUUUACGCGCAAGUGCAUCUAGUGCGUCGGUGAUCGUCAACCUGCGUCACCUGGAGCCAGCUGGGAUUUGUGUGUGUGUUUUUCCUGUCGAGUGACUUCAACGCAAACAAGCGACGAACUCCCUUGCGCGAUCGCUAAACGUUGAUCCGGGUGUCCCGGGUGGGUUAUUGCGCGAGUGCCACUGCGCGUCGGUAUUUUAGGUAGCUCAAAAGAACGUCCGAAACCAGUCCUUCUGCCGUUGCCAACACGUUCCAGCCUGUAAGAUCACAAAAUGCAUCACUUCAACGCACUGUGGCUUUCGGUGGCAUUGGUGGCUUUCCACGCGACUGUCGGAGCUGUCGAUCUGCCGGAAUAUCUGCACGUUUGUCACCGCGAGGACCCUAAGCUGACGGAGUGCAUGAAGGAAUCGAUCGAGACGCUUCGGCCGUAUUUGGCUCGUGGAAUCCCCGAACUUGACAUUCCCUCGAUCGAUCCGAUCCACCUAGGGGACCUGAUCGUGGCCGAAAGUGUGCCUGGCCAGGGCGUUAGCAUUUCGGCGAAGGACAUUAAGGCGUAUGGACCGUCGAACUUCAAGCUAAAGAAGCUCAAUGUCGUGGAGUAUGGUAAGAUUUAUUCGUUCGAGCUGGAGUUGCCCCACCUCUACGUCGAAGGUCGAUACGUUGUGGACGGUCGAAUUCUACUGCUUCCUGUGAAGGGUUCGGGCAAAUUUACCGGAAACUUCACUCAAGGCAUCGGCAGUGUGCGUAUUAAGGGCGAUCGGAAGCGCAUCAACGGUAAGGAUCACCUGUCGCUUGCCAAACUCGACAUCAAGAUCCGGGUGUCUGAUGGUCGCGUGAAGCUGGAGAACCUGUUUGGAGGUGAUCGAGUGCUAGGUGAGAUCAUCAACGAGACCAUCAACCAGAACUUCAACCUGCUCAGCACCGAGCUGAUCCCGCUGAUCGAGAAAGCCCUGCAGCGGAUAUUCAAACGGACGGGCAACAAAAUCCUUGAGCGUUUCCCCGAGGAGGUUCUCUUCCCGUUCUGCGUUGUGAUGGAACGUUCUGGAGGUGCACAGGUCGAUUCCGGUCGAGGCCGGUCACCGUGGUUGACACGGCGCAGGCCCAAUAUGGUCAUCGGUGUGGUGGCUUGGGUCGCCGCGAUCGGUUUGCUGUUGCCGAUUGUUUUUCACCCGAUCGAGGCGAAGGAAAUCGCCAUCAGAAAUAAGGACAUGCCGCAGUUCAAAACAAAACCUGAGUGGUUGCGAGUUUGCAAGCGAGCGAACCCCAACGAGGACGAUUGCUUCCGGAAGCUGUUCGAGGGCACGUUCCCUUACAUCGCGAAGGGAAUUCCCGAGAUCGGUGUGCAACCGUUCGACCCGUUGCGGAUAGAAUCGAUCCAGGUGUCGCGUGGUUCCGGUGGAUUGACGCUUAGCGGUGGCUUCAAGAAGCUGAGCAUUAAAGGACCCUCGAAUACGACCGUCCGUCGGGCGUUCCUCGAUUUCGACAAGCAAGCGCUCAGCUUCGAGCUGGAGAUUCCAAAGUUGCGCAUCGAUGCCAGCUACAAUCUCAAGGGUAACGUACUGCUGCUGCCGCUGGUUGGUGAUGGGGAUGUCACGAUGACGCUCAAGAACGUGAAGACGACGGUUGUGACCAAGUUUUCCGUGCGUCCGCUACCGGAGGAUGCCAUUUUUAUUGAGGAAAUGAAAGUGACCUUCCACGUCGGUGGAAUGCGCAUUCAUCUGGACAACCUGUUCCAAGGGAAUCAAGUGCUUGGGGCCUCGCUGAACCUGUUCCUCAAUCAGAACGCGAACGAAGUCAUCGCCGAGCUGCGGUCGGAUCUUGAGCACGGGCUGGCCGACAUCUUCACCGGGCUCUGGAACGAGCUGUUUAACAAGCUGCCGCUGAAGCUGUGGAUCGCCUGAGCACCGGGAAGUGCGAUGGUUUGAUGCCUUGGCGACGUGUAAAUAGUAGAUUGAUAAUAGCUGAUAAUAUCGGACGCUGCAGGCGGUGCUGGGGUUCUUCGCUGAUCGGGAGGGAUCCGCACGAGAAACACGUUCAAAUUAUAGUGAUGUUAGUGUAGGGAUUGCACACGACAUAGUAUCCAUUGUCCCAAGUGCUGUACAUAUGAGGAGAGGAAAUAAAUUAACAACGGAACGUUGUUCGUUUGCUGUUCGUUGCAGGUGAUGAGUAUAAUACAACGCAUAAGAAUAUUGAUACUAGCAAUAUAGUGUAUUGAUGUAUGAGGCUAGGUAAAAAUAUAAAAUUACGCUUU